AUGCCGCCGGUCAGGAGCAGAGCGGACGUUCAAGCCCAGAAGCAGAAGGAAAAGCUCGCAAACUCCUAUGGUGAACUGCUACAAGAAUUCUCGUCGAAGGAUCUCCGAAGCGUCGGGAACUAUACUCUAGGCAGGUUGAUUGGGAAAGGCUCCUUUGGCAAGGUUUAUCUCGCGACGCAUAAGCUCACCAAUGGCUCGAAGGUCGUGCUUAAGUCCUCGAGCAAGGAGGAUACAAACCUCGCCCGUGAGAUUCACCACCAUCGCCAGUUCAUCCAUCCUCACAUCGCCCGGCUCUACGAAGUCGUGGUGACGGAGAACUUGGUUUGGUUGGUGCUUGAAUACUGCCCAGGCGAUGAAUUAUAUAACUACCUCAUCCGCCAUGGCCCGCUGCCGGUUGACAAGGCCAAGAGAAUUUUCACGCAACUAGUUGGCGCCGUUGCGUAUGUCCACAGCAAAUCGUGCGUUCAUCGAGAUCUGAAGCUGGAGAAUAUCCUGCUUGAUAAACAAGAGAAUGUCAAACUCUGCGAUUUCGGAUUUACUCGCGAAUACGAAGGCAAAGCAAGCUACCUGCAGACUUUCUGUGGUACUAUUUGUUACAGUGCGCCUGAGAUGCUCAAGGCUGAAAAGUAUGCCGGUGAGAAGGUGGAUGUUUGGAGUCUGGGAGUCAUUUUAUACGCCCUUUUGGCUGGGGAACUGCCAUUCGAUGAAGACGAUGAUCAAGUCACAAAGCGUAAAAUCUUAACGGAGGAUCCGGUUUUCAAUGACAAAUUCCCAGGAGAUGCAAAAUCGUUGAUCAGCUUGCUUCUAUCGAAACGACCUUUGCUUCGACCUAGUCUUCAGGAGAUUUUGGCCCAUCCAUUCCUCUCAGAGCACGCACCUGAGCAGCUUGCGAUUCUAAAGAUUCCUCAACCACCACCAUUCAGCACGCCCUUAGAGAAAGCUACAUUACAACGAAUGAAAAGCGCGGGAGUCAACAUCGACGAAGUUGUUGAAAAUGUCCUGGCUCAGAGGUGUGACCCUCUAGCUGGAUGGUGGACGCUUUUGAUUGAAAAGGAACAACGUAAAGAGAAAAAGAGAGAACGCAGGCGGCGCGAAAGGGAAGCCGAGACGAAGAAUUUGCGCCGCCUCAGCGCUGCAAGUAAUCGACUCGAGAGAAGGUCUGCAGCCCUCCUAGAGGUCGAUGAAGAAGGCCAUGCUUCUCAAGACCCCGCCUUUUGGGAUCAAGAAAGGAGGGGCAGACGGUGCUUAACUCCUCAGCCGACAUUGCCCGAGCGGUCCGUUCUCUCUGAGCCAGGCACCAUACAGUAUCAAGGUACUUCCGCGGCACCUCAGAUGGCUGAUAAAGCAUCGAUACGGUCUGCAGGUUCUGCGAGGUAUCGACCAGUACCACCUCCUAAGGAUAAGAGACAGCCACGGCCGAGCACUCUACACAUGAGUUCUUCUCAACCAGAGUUAGUACAGCGCAAGGCUAUCUCCAAGCGUCGUCCCGGCCGCCGGCACCAGUAUCCUAUCAUAAGCCAACUGGCUUCGUUGAAGCAUUGGUUCGUGGAGUCUGCGAAGAGGGCUCGGUCCCCCAACCCCAAAGCAGCCAGUGGCUCGGGGAUGCACCGCAAAUUUCUCCCAGAAAGAUUCAGUCCCGGGAAAGGACCUGAAACAACAAAGGAAGCAACGGCAGAUGCCAUUCGAGCAACCGCUCAUCAUUCAGACGAAUUAGCAACGCCUACUCAAGUAAAACGGGCAUCCUAUGCUAGCAGUCUAGCACCAAGCAGCGCAUCCUACCCUAAUCAUCGUCACUCGUAUCCUCGUCAGCAUCGGUUAUCAAACCCCAAUGCCUCUAGUCAUCGAAGUUCGAUGUCACCGUCCCCGCUUACCCCGAGGAAUUCUUACCGUCGCUCGUCAGCCGGUUUGCGCGGUCGCAAAUCUACCUCGUCUUCUGUCUCCUCCAUUCGCAGCAUCUACCAUACCCACACCCAUUCUAAAGCCUCGUCUGUCUCGUCCAACAGUGGUGAUACCACAUCCACACCGACAGUACGGGCCGCUAGAUCUCCGCAUGCGUCAGUAAAAGUAUUGCCUACGACCCCAGGCGCCUCUGCUCGCUUCCCCAGCAAUAUCCGUUAUGUGAGAGGUCCCGGAGGUGGAUUACGUGAAAUUCAUGGUGAUACUGAUAGAGCGAUGCCAUCGGCAUUUAACGAAGGAAUUCCCGCGCCAUUGGCAACCUCCCCCUCCUCGGGACUUGUUUUCGCUCGACGCAAAAGAUCUGCAUUUAAAGGCCCUAUGGCCCAUACAGCCAAUCUCAUGCUGUCAGGCGGCAUAGGAUCUCCUAGUCUAAACGGAAAGUUGGAUACAGAAGAUAUCUCUGCCACUUCUGGAAGACCUGCAGCUAGAAGGAGCCAGAUUAUUGUGGAAGAGGAAGAUAUCGAAGACGAAGACAUCGAAGAGGUAGAUGCGUUUAGCGGUCCAGAGGAUCAUACCACGGUUCUUGAAGAUGACCAAGACUCGCAAGGCGACCAAGUGAAAGCAGGUUACAAUUCAAACGCGGACGGGUCAGGUCUGACUCUAUCUCCUGAUUCAGGUCAGAGACCUGCCUUAGCACCUUCUCCUGAGCUGGGACCCAGCCCGAUCCGCCCUCCACGUUCGUCAUCUCUACGAAUGUCAUCUCAAGCCCAUUCCUCUGGAACGAAACCAGAGACCGCUGAAUCUCCAUCUUAA